GUUUCUUUUUAAUUAGUAUCGUUGGUGUACUUGAGUGCAUGGAUGCAUGAACCAUCUCAUUCUCUAAUUGGAUUUGAUUAAAACACGAGUUCAAGUGUCGGAAUGGUCUUUUGUAAAAUGCUUUAUUGUAUACUCACACUUAUGCUUAUAUUAGACAAUGUCUUCUCGACACAUUUCCAAAGUUCUGAUAAUUUGCUGACUUUGGAAUCAUGUAACUAUGGAGAUACCGUCGAAAACUUAUGCAGCAAGUGUGUAUGUACAACUAAAGGGGUGUACAAUUGCAAGGCAAGAGAUUGUGAUAAAGUGCCAGUUAUCUACUUAGAGAAACCAGCAGCAUGUCAACCCAAUACACUAUAUAUUCAGGGCUACACAAGUUGUAUAUGCACAGCAGAGGGCCAAUGGCCUCACAGAGUCUGUUACGAUCUCUUCAGUCAUUUGCCAAUGGAGUCAACCAAGAAAAAGACAUGUGAACCCCAAGGGUACGUCCAAGUUGAGUGCAAUAUAUGCAGAUGUAAUGACAAUGGGGAAGUAGAUUCUACACGAUGCACUAUCAAUGAAUGCGACGUGGAGAAAUCUCACUUCAGGAAGAACAGCGAAGCAAACAAAAAUUUAUUUGGUCAGUGCAUAGUAAAGAACUGGUAUUCAUUAGCGCCGUGCCAAUUCUGUUACUGCGUCGACACCAACAAGCUGAUGUGCAGCACCAGUGUUGUACAAGCUAACAGACAAGGUCAAAUGAAUUUAGGGCCGUCUGCCUUAGUACUGUGUGGACCUGGACUUUUAAAGGAGAUUGCUGCCUUGGUCCCAAAUCAAAAGAGGUCAAGAAGUAUAAAAUCAUCUAAGGAAGAUGAAUCUCGGUCGAAUGGUGUGGACGCUAAAAUUAGAAGAAAUACGAAGGUAACUACACAAUACGACCGAAAUGAUAUUGAAAAGAAGACAAAGAAAGUUAAAGCAUUAGCAGAAUAUAGAUCUGGACCAGUAGAUGAUCAGCUUCAGAUGGCUUAUUACGAUGUUCCUGAAGCCGACGGUAAAGAAAACAAAAUGAACACAGAUGAAAUGACAUUAGAUAUCGCAGCUACCUUUGAUGCCAAUAAUCGGAGACAUAGAAAACAAAACGGAGGACCACCCAUGAUGUAUAAUUAUGAUCCUUUGGUUGCAGCUAGGGAUUUUCUAAAAGUGAGACGAUCGCUGAAAUUAGUUGAAACCGGGAAGUGUAAGCUGGGGACUGCUAUUAAUGUUAAAUGUAAUUUAUGUCAUUGUUUGAAGAAUGGCAAAAUGCUUUGUACUGACAAGAAAUGUGAUUGAAUAGCGUAUUAUGUUUUGUACUACCUACUGUCAUCCAAAACUCACUAAUUACUAGCACAAGUUCAAACCCAGAGUGAACCGUACCAGUAAUAAAACACGUUUUUUGUU